AUGUGUGAUAAGGAUGAAUCUUCCUUACAUAAUUGUUCAAAUAAUUCUUCUCCUUUAUCUUCUUAUAUUUCUAAUUUUUCUUCUUCUCCAUCUUCUCUUUCUUUAUCUUCGGCUUUGAUUAAUCUCUCUUCUUCAUCCCCAAUUAAAGAUAUUUCUUUAUGGUCCUCUAAAGAAUUUCUUAUCCUUGCUUCAACCCUUGAAAAAUUUAUUCCUUUUAUCAGAUUUCUUCAAAUUUCUAGUAGUGAUUUUUAUAAAAAAGUUAAACCAUUUGCCUCCAUACUUCCUUGUGAUUUAUAUGAUGAUAUCUUACAAUAUCAUCUAGUACCUGAUUAUGUUCCUCACGAUGAUUUGUCUCAACCUGAAAGGGCUGCUAUCGAUAGUGUUAUAAUAGAAAGAAAACAUGCUGCCUUAAUUGCUAGUUGGAUUGAUGAUGAUUUAAAAAUGGCUGGAAAUUUUAAAUUGGAUUCAAGAUGUUGUUGUAAACAAGGCGAUUAUGAAUUUCCUAUUCGUGAAAACACUGGUUACUUUUCUGUUGAUGAAUACGAAGUUUUUUCUGUACACCUUCGCCGGCCGUUGGGUAAAGAUGUUAAAAAUGAAAAUAGGUCAAUGGGUGAUCCAACCAUUGAUGGCGAGAACAAGAUUUUGGGGAAUAAUAAUGGAAUUGAAUAUUAUGGACAUGAUAAAAAUACUACUAGAAGAUUUAUGUAUUUAUUUAGAAAUAUUGUAACUGCCAGUUUAGUAAAAGAUGAUGAAAAAAUUGGAGGAGAAGGCACAAUUGUAGAAAUUGACGAAUCUAAAUUUCGUUCUGGGGAAAAAUUAAUCAAAACACAUGUAAAACCUGGAUCAACUAUAUAUACAGAUUCAUGGAAAGGAUAUAGUGAAUUAGAAAAUAUGGGAAUGAGAUUUAAACACAGAAGAGUUAAUCAUAAAAAACCAAGUAAAAAUCAAAUUAUAAAACGAAUUCAUACUCAGCACAUAGAAGGAGUCUGGUCGGGUAUAAAACAAAAUAUGUUAAAAAGAAAUAUGGUAAAAGAAAAAAUUGAAAACCAUUUGAAAGAAUUUUCAUGGCGAAGAAAACAUGAAAAUAAUCUUUGGAAUG